UACAAAACCCCUUUUCCCUUCAGAUUAGAGAUUCCCUCUAUUUCUCCUCUCCAUUUUGUAUUUCCAUGGAGAAAAUUGUUAGUGUCCACCAUUUUAGCCUUAAUCUUAAGCCAAAUUUUGGUUCAGGUAUAGGGUUUUCUUUGCCCUGCCUCACAUCUGUAUUCCCAAAUCAGUGCAGAAAAGUGUUGGUAACAAAGGCUUCAAUCGCUGUAGAACAAGAGACACAGGCUAAGGUUGCUCUUAUAAGAAUUGGCACUAGAGGAAGUCCCUUGGCCCUUGCCCAAGCUUACGAGACUCGAGAUAAGCUAAUAGCCUCACAUCCUGGCCUUGCUGAAGAGGGAGCCAUUCAAAUUAUAAUAAUAAAAACCACAGGUGAUAAAAUAUUAAGUCAGCCUCUUGCAGACAUUGGUGGGAAAGGCUUAUUCACAAAAGAAAUAGAUGAAGCGCUGAUCAAUGGGGAAAUUGACAUUGCUGUCCACUCAAUGAAAGAUGUGCCCACAUAUCUGCCAGAGAAAACAAUUUUGCCAUGCAAUCUUCCACGUGAAGAUGUGCGGGAUGCAUUUAUUUCUUUGACUGCGGGUUCGCUGGCACAGCUUCCAUCCGGAAGCACAGUGGGUACUGCAUCACUGAGGAGGAAAUCACAGAUUCUCUACCGGUAUCCAUCACUCAAUGUGCUGGAGAACUUCAGAGGCAAUGUUCAGACGAGGUUGAAAAAGCUGAAUGAGGGUGUAGUCCAAGCUACAUUAUUGGCACUGGCAGGACUAAAACGCCUAGAUAUGACAGAAAAUGUUUCUUGCAUUCUUCCUAUAGAGGAUAUGUUACCAGCAGUGGCUCAAGGAGCCAUUGGUAUUGCAUGCAGAAGUAAUGAUGAGACAAUGGCCAAUUACAUCGCCUUACUGAAUCAUGAGGAAACUAGAUUAGCAGUUUCAUGUGAAAGAGCUUUUUUGAAGACCUUGGAUGGGUCUUGCCGCACCCCAAUUGCUGGGUAUGCCUCUCGAGGCGAAGACGGAGAUUGUAUUUUCAAGGGAUUGGUUGCCUCCCCAGAUGGAACUCGAGUUCUUGAAACCUCUAGAAAAGGCCCAUACACUUUUGAAGACAUGAUACUGAUGGGUGAGGAUGCUGGCAAGGAGCUCCUCUCUCGGGCUGGUCCGGGAUUUUUUGGCAACUAAGUAUUAGUUCAGCAAUAACUUAUUACAUUACAGGGAGAGAGAUCAGAGUUUGAACUUUGUAUUCCACUUCUAGUUUAGGAUUAUGAGUUAAUUUUAUCGUUCUGUAACUGUAGCGGGAAGUAGGAUUGGAAUAGUCUGUAUACUAGUGUAUCAUUUUCACAUCAUUUUGUAAGUGCUUAAUAAUUCAUCAUUCUUCAAGGAUAUCUAAGUGAAUGGUUGCACAGUUUUACAAUUGA